UUACAGUAAAACGGGUAGGAAGGAGAAAACUGACUCAAGGGGAACUCGGAAUAGGGAAGAUUUAUACAAAUUCUGCAAAAAAUAGCUCAAGCCAGCGAUUUAGGCAGCACCGCCCGGGGGUCACUGUGGAGUAUCCGUCGGUUGUAGGUGUUUUUAAGGAUGGCAGUGGAGUCAGUAUCGGCAGAAUGGGAAUUUGAUCGCUUUGAUGACGGAUCUCAGAAAAUUCACACAGAGGUGCAGCUGAAAAACUAUAACAAGUUCUUGGAGGACUACACGUCUCAGCUAAAAGCUAUAGAGGAAGCCCUGGACGAUUCCAUCGGAGACGUUUGGGAUUUCACUUUAGACCCGAUAGCAUUGAAGCUUCUUCCUUAUGAACAGUGUUCCCUUCUGGAGCUGAUUAAAACAGAGAAUAAGGUCCUCAAUAAGGUCAUUACAGUCUAUGCAGCUCUCUGUGGUGAAGUUAAGAAGCUGAAAUAUGAGGCUGAAACAAAGUUCUACAAUGGCUUGCUGUACUAUGGUGAAGGAGUUUCAGACACGAGUGUGGUGGAAGGAGAGUGUCAGGUUCAGAUGGGACGCUUCAUCUCAUUUUUACAGGAACUAUCUUGCUUUGUGUCCCGGUGCUUUGAGGUUGUUGUUAACUUGGUUCACCAGCUGGCUGCACUGUACAACAGCAACAAAGCUGCCACAAAAAUCAUUGAGUCAAGUGGAGUACAUUUUCAGACUGUGUAUGAGCAUCUAGGUGAACUCCUGGUGGUUCUGAUCACCUUGGAUGAGAUCAUGGAGAAUCAUGGAACAUUAAAAGACCACUGGAAGAUGUACAAAAGAUUACUCAAAUCUGUCCACCACAAUCCAUCUAAAUUUGCUAUUCCUGAAGAAAAGCUGAAGCCUUUUGAGAAGCUUUUAUUGAAGCUGGAGGGCCAGAUUCUGGACAGCAUGAUCUUUCAGGCUUGUGUGGAACAGAGAUUUGAUAAUCCUGGGGAAGGCUUUUCAGUCUCCAAAAACAGUGCCUUUGCUGAGGAGUUUGCUCACAACAUUCGAACUAUAUUUGCCAAUGUGGAGUCAAAACUCGGAGAGCCUGCAGAGAUUGACCAAAGGGAUAAGUAUGUUGGGGUCUGUGGACUCUUUGCCCUGCAUUUCCACAUUUUUCGUACAGUUGACAAGAGGCUCUACAAAGCUCUUUUGGAUGUGUGUAAAAAGGUCCCUGCAGUUACACUGACUGCCAACAUAAUCUGGUUUCCUGAUAUGUUUUUGGUUAACAAAAUUUCAGCAGCAGCCAAACUGAUGGAUAAGAAAAGUCUCCAGGCCAUUCGUAUCAGCAAGGAUUCAUACUUACAACAAAAGGCACAAGCAUUAACAAAAGACGUACAGUCUUACUAUGUUUUUGUAACCUCCUGGAUGAUGAAGAUGGAGGCCAUAUUAUUAAAAGAGCAGAAAAAUGAGAAACUCUCAGAAGAUCUGAGCAACAGGUGCAAUGUAUUUGUACAGGGUAUUUUAUAUGCAUACAGCAUCAGUACUAUCAUAAAAACCACCAUGAACCUCUACAUGUCCAUGCAACGACCCAUGACCAAGACCUCUGUCAAGGCUUUGUGUCGUCUAGUAGAGCUACUAAAAGCAAUAGAGCACACGUUUCACCGGCGGUCACUUGUGGUGGCAGAUUCUGUGUCCCAUAUCACUCAGCAGCUGCAGUCACAAGCUUUGGCCUCUAUAUCGACAGCUAAGAAAAGAGUGAUCUCAGAUAAGAAGUACAGUGAGCAAAGGCUGGACGUGCUUUCUGCCCUGGUGCUUGCUGAGAACACUCUGAAUGGACCGAGCACCAGGGAGAGAAGACUGGUGGUGUCUCUUGCACUCAGUGUGGGCACUCAGAUGAAAACUUUCAAAGAUGAGGAGCUUCUUCCAUUACAACUUGUCCUAAAGAAACUGGACCUUAUUAGUGAAUUAAGAGAGAGGGUCAAAGUGCAGUGUGAUUGCAGCUUUCUCUACUGGCACCGUGCAGUGUUUCCCAUUUACCUGGAUGAUGUUUAUGAUAAUGCCGUGGAUGCAGCAAGAAUACAUUACAUGUUUAGUGCUCUCAGAGACUGUGUGCCCUCCAUGCUAUAUGCCAAACACUUGGAGUCCUAUGAGCAGCUACUGGAGUGCUAUGACAAAGAGAUCACGGAGGUCUUCAACGAGCAUUUGUUGGACAAGCUAUGCAAGGAGAUAGAGAAAGACCUCCGGCUUUCUGUGCACACACAUCUCAAGUUGGAUGACCGGAACCCAUUCAAAGUGGGCAUGAAAGACCUGGCUCACCUCUUUUCCCUCAAGCCUAUCCGCUUCUUCAAUCGUUUCAUAGAUAUUAAAGCCUACGUCACACACUACCUGGACAAGACGUUUUACAACCUAACAACAGUGGCACUCCAUGACUGGGCAACGUACAGUGAGAUGAGGAAUCUGGCCACGCAGCGCUACGGGCUGGUCAUGACCGAGGCGCAUCUGCCUAGCCAGACUCUAGAACAGGGGCUGGAUGUAUUGGAGAUUAUGAGGAACAUCCAUGUUUUUGUUUCACGUUAUCUCUACAACCUGAACAACCAGAUCUUCAUUGAGAAGACCAGCAACAACAAGCACUUGAACACUAUCAACAUUCGGCACAUUGCUAACUCCAUACGCACCCAUGGGACUGGGAUCAUGAACACAACUGUAAACUUUACAUAUCAGUUCCUCCAAAAGAAGUUCUACAUUUUCAGUCAGUUCAUGUACGAUGAGCACAUCAAGUCCAGGCUUAUCAAAGACAUCCGGUUCUUCCGGGAAACUAAAGAUCAGUCAGAUCAAAAGUAUCCUUUUGAGAGGGCAGAAAAGUUCAACCGCGGUAUUAGGAAACUGGGCAUUACUCCAGAUGGCCAGAGCUACCUGGACCAGUUCAGACAACUUAUCAGCCAGAUUGGUAAUGCAAUGGGAUAUGUACGGAUGAUCCGCUCUGGGGGUCUUCAUUGCUGCAGCAGUGCCAUCAGGUUUGUUCCUGAUCUUGAGGAUAUUGUAAACUUUGAGGAGUUGGUGAAAGAAGAGGGUCUCUCUGAGGAGACUCAGAAAGCAGCUAGUGUUCUAGACUGUGUACUCAGUGACCUGACCAGUAACUCGGCCGAGGGAACAGAGUAUUUCAAAAUGCUUGUGGGAGUUUUCGCCCCGGAGUUUCGCAGCAUUAAGAAUAUGCACUUGAGGAACUUUUACAUGAUUGUUCCUCCUUUGACAGUAAACUUUGUUGAACACUCCAUCAGCUGCAAGGAAAAUCUGAACAAGAAGAACAAAAGUGGUGCAGCAUUUACAGAUGAUGGCUUUGCCAUGGGUGUCGCCUACAUCUUAAAGCUGCUUGAUCAAUACCAGGAGUUUGACUCAUUGCAUUGGUUCCAGGCAGUUCGAGAGAAAUAUAAGAAGGAAAUGAGUGCAGUGGUGAAGGAACAAAAUGUUCAGGCCACCAACCAAGAUGAGAAACUCCUGCAGACCAUGAACUUAACUCAGAAGAGGCUAGACAUCUACUUGCAGGAGUUCGAGCUCCUUUACUUCUCUCUCAGCAGUGCACGGAUAUUCUUUAGGGCCGAUAAGACUGCAGCGGAGGAAACUCAGGAGAAGAAGGAUAGGGAGGAUGUUGCUAAAGCAGAUGCUGCGUCGCCUGAGGCUGCUGCCACCCCUGAACUGGGUGCCAAGUGAAGCUAAAAUAAAAAAUGAACACAGCUCCCACUUAAAGUCUUUAAGGUCAUAGGAUGGAGUGGAAAGAACCCAGUUUUUCCAGAUGUACAAAGUGCAAUGUUUUUGUUUAUUCUUAAUUGAAGUAUUUCUAAGUAUUACGUGGCAGAAUAAAAGAUAAAUGGCCUUUGAUCGCUGACCACGAAUUAGAAAUAUACAGUGUGAACAUUGUUGGUCAGAUUUAUAUUUUUUCCUUCAAAUGCACUUAGGACUGGAACUGACUGUGAUCUGCUUCUCGGAAAAUCUUCAUGUCAUCAUUUUUUUCUGCAUUGUAUACAGAUUUUGUCAGAUAACUGUCAGGUGAGCAGGUUUGGCAGCUGUAACUAGUUAAUGGAUGAGACCUUGUUUUUUAUUUUAGUAUUUUAAUAUAGCAACUGUUUUGAAAUCUUAAAGCUUAUUUGGAUUUUUAAUCAAGAAUCAUUUUUGACUAUUUCCUUUUGCAAAUUUGAUUAGAAACGUCUUUCAGGACUCUUCAUGGCAAUGUAUAAAGUGAAGGUGCUUAUGUAACAGGUUCUACAUUGAAGUAGGUCUGUUGCUAGGUUUUCAACAGUGACCGUUUUACAAUUAUUACAUAUUGCACAGCUAGGAAAAUAUUUUCAUACGAAUGUAACAUAUGGAGAAAUAAAUAUUGUGUUGAGCAGUGUGAAAAUGUGAGAAAUUGUUUAGAAAGGAAAUAAGCUUUCUGGACAACAAAUUGGUUGCAUCCAUCAACCAAAAGUCUAUUAGUUCUAUGUAAAUUUCAUACCCAGUUGAAUGUAAUGUAUUUCGGGCUACAUGUCCAACUUCUACUCAUUGCAGGAUGACAAUUUUAUUGUGUGUAUAGCCAAAUCUGUGUGCAGUUGAUCAGGGCAUGUUGGUACACUGGGGCAUGCUAACUGCCCUACAAUAUCACCAGAAAUUAAAUUUAUAAUACACUUUUAUGUUUAUCUGUCACCCUAUCCGUUCACUAGUUUACACACCCAGUCAGUAAAAGAGAUCAAAUUAAUAGUAACUCAUGGUGGCAGAGUGGCGAGGGGAAUCCUGCUCAUAUAUUGGGAAAGAGUUGACGUGCUUUUUUGUCCACUGCACUUAAAUUCAUGAAAAUGUAGCAAACCAAUGUAUUUAGUACCUGAUGUCCAUGCU